AUGGAGCCAGGGCCUCCCCGCGGCGGGGAUAACGUAUCUCCGGAGUCAUGCACAUCAAACAGAAUACACGUGCCCCAAUUCACCCAUCCGUUCUACUGGUCUGCCGUCUACCAGAGAGCCCUCUACAUCCCAGGAUACGAACCAAAGAUGAACCUCUCAAAGUGCCUGGUGUCUCAAAAGUCAUCCGACUCAGGUCUCCAUAUCCAGCUCCAUCCGCUUGUUCUCCUCACUAUCUCCGAUCAAAUCACCCGACAUGUCGCCCGACAGCAGCACGGACCAAUAAUCGGCGGUCUCCUAGGCCAGCAGAAUGGACGAGAGAUAACACUGGAGCAUGCAUUCGAGUGCCCUGUCACUUCUAACCCGAAUGAUGAGAUCUUAUUGCCGGCAGCAUGGUUUGAAGAGCGCCUCCAGCAGUUCAAGGAUGUGCACAAGAAUCCUGCUCUCGAUCUUGUUGGAUGGUGGUCAACCGCCCCAUCGACUGGCCCGACCGAAGAUCAACUCCCCUUCCACCGACAGAUCCUCCAACAUUACAAUGAAUCAGCUGUCUAUCUCGCCUUCCAUACCUCACAGCUCGAAAACCCAAAUCCUCAGGGUGGCAAGCUUCCUCUGACUAUCUACGAGAGUGUCCACGAGGGCGAGACAGCUUCCGAUGCCAGCAAAGACAUGCAGGUCGACAGCGAGGAGCCGCUGCCGAACAUCAGAUUCCGGGAGCUAGCCUACUCCAUGGAGACAGGAGAAUCAGAGAUGAUUGGUAUCAAUACCAUUGUCCAGGCUUCGGGCACCGCUUCUCUGAAUGCGACACAAGAGCCGACCAAGCGCGCGCAGCAGACCAAGCAGACUAAGCAGACCAAGGCAAACAAAAACAAGCAGAGUGCAGAGGUUGAGCUGUCACAGGAGGAAGAAGAGCUGAUUGCGAGUCUCCACACACGUCUCAAUGCCGUCCGCAUCCUCGAAUCGCGCCUCUCUAUCAUCAAAUCCUAUCUCUUGAGUCUGACCGAAGCCGAUUCCAGCUCAGAUAGCCCCAAGGACGAGACAUCCCUCACCGAGCUAUCACACCCAAUCCUCCGCAAUAUCAACUCCCUACUCUCGCACCUAUCCAUUCUCUCUCCAUCAGAGCAAAGCACCUUCGCCACCGAAGUCAUCUCGCAGCACAACGACGUGCAGUUAAUCUCGCUACUCGGCCAACUCGGCGAGAAUGUCAAAGCUAUGCGCGAAAUGGGACGCAGAUCUGAAAUUGUUCAGGGCGGGCGUCAAGCGGCUAACGUACGCAAGGACCCGAUGGGAAGCUUCAACGAGGAGCUCUGGGGGCAGACUGGGAUUCCCAUCAGCCUCCAUGGCCAGGCUGGACGUGGGGGCCGUCGCCAACCCGGUGGCGGUGGCCAAAUUUAA